AUGGCAUCGUGUACCCCUUACCUCCUUGAUGGUGCCCUGAGGAUUCUUCGGGACCCCUAUCUCCUCUUUCCGAAGUUAGAUGGUUUUGAUUCGAUUGUAAUUGAAGAGGGAGCCACCGGCUUGGGUUUUAUUCUGAGUGAUGGGGUCAUGGUAGCUGUUGAUCAUGCUGUCCAGUCGUCAAGUCCACUUCCAAAUAAUGUUUGUGUUCUUAAUUCGCACUUGCUUAUCACUUUUUCUGGACGGUGCCCCUUACUUAUGGAUGAAUUGUUCAAAGCUCUGGAGAAGAGGUGCUACGACCAUGAAUGCACAACGAGGAUAAGAGCUUCUGCUGCAGAAGUGGUACCAUGGGUGACAAAAUUUCUGGCUGAAUGUGAGGAUUUUAAGGCUGAUCGAGCUGCAUCACUGGGAAUAUUGGUUGCUGGACCUGCCCUGUAUAAAGUCGAUGGUAAACUGAAAAUGCAUGAACGUCCAUAUUUUGGCACCGGGUCUGGUUCAGCUGCUCGUAUUAAUCUGGCUGUCAGCCCUCAUUACAAUAUGCCUGUGUCUGAAGCGACGGAGUUGAUUAAACGGUCACUCUGUUGUAGUGCUUGUCAUGCUCGUGAAAAUUUUGGACACGUCAGUGUUCUCUACGUUGGAAGUGACGGGUAUAGACAAUUGGUCUCUAAAGAAUAUAUAGGGGAGGUGGCUAAGCAGCCUAAGCCGGACUUCAUGGAGCUAAAAGUGAUGAGGAUGUUGUUGGCUGAAGACUCUGAAGAGAAAGAGUAUGGAGACUGUGUAGUUGAGCGUGAAGGGUGA